CGCGGGGCGGUAAGGUGUGGCCUCACGCUGUUCGCCUUCUGCAGUGCGCUCACAAGGGAAUAAACCGUAAACAGCCAUAAAAAGACCACUGUCGCGUGUUUUCAGCGUCUGCUAUGUGGGUACAAAUAUGAAGUGAAAUAAAAAACUUUCUGGGAUUUUUUUUUCAAUCGCUUGCAGGAGACGAGACGUCGUAUACGGGGUGUCCUCAUUAAACUAAAAAUAACGCCAUGAGGAGCGCACUAUGAGGUCAGUUUGCUGUGCCCCCCCUCACUGAAGUUGUCUCUGCGAACAGGUGGCUAUUUCGUAAGAAGGUAUAUCUGAGGCCUCAACAUGCCAGCCCCACCUCCUCCCCCUCCGCCUCCCCUGGCUCCCCCUCCUCCACCACCACCGCCCAGCGCUGCCCUGCCACAGUGUCCGUCAGAGCCUCCUAAGCUCCAGUCUGGUGGAGGAGGGGGUGGAAGGAAUGCCCUGUUGGCCGACAUCCAGAAGGGAGCCAGGCUCAGGAAAGUCACACAGGUCAAUGACCGUAGUGCCCCUGCCGUCGAUAAGCCCAAGGCGGCUAGCACUGGAGAUAUAGCCAGCAGUGUUGCUGCUUCUCAAGGUUCAUCAGGUGGAAUGGCACCCAUGGGACCCUCUUUGGGGGGGCUCUUUGCUGCAGGAUUCCCCACUCUCAGGCCUAUAGGACAAAGAGACAUAGCAGGCAAGAACCCAGUGUCGCGAUCGAGCUCAUCAGUCUCCAUGAAGCCUCUGUGGAACCCCCCCACACCAGCAGACACAAGCAGCGUCUCUGAGCUUCACAGGACGGCGGAGCUCCGAGGCUCCGUCCACCGUCUGCUCGCUCCUUCGUCCUCAGCUCCUCCCUCCCCCUCUCACAGCAGCAAGCACCCGCCUCCUUUCCCCAAUUCCUCUCCCCCUCCACCUCCACCUGCACCACCCUCUGCUCCUCCCCCACCUCCCCCACCUCAAGCCAUCCAGGACAGACUGGCCAACAAGCCUCCGCCUCUCCCCUCCUGCCCUCCUCCCCCACCUCCAGCCCAAGUCACCAAGCCCACCUGGCUCCCCAUCCAGCACUCCCACCACGCCACCAUCUCCCAGCCCUCUACUCCUCCUCCUCCUCCUCCUCCUCCUCCUCCUCCACCUUUCCAACCUCCUUCUGCUGUUCCAGGGGAUCGCUCCUCAGGUUGUUUCUACUCGCCGUCCCCCUCCUCAGUCCACUCUGAACCUUCUAGAUUCUCUAUCUUGCGGGACAGCCCACUGGGACCUCCUCCACCACCUCCUCCUCCUCUCCCAGCUUCUGUCACCCCCAGCUGCCCAUCCACCCUCCCCCCUCCACUACCCAAGAUGGCUCCAGUGCCCUCCCCAGCCAUGCGCUCUCUGCCUCCCUCAUAUCCCUGCAACGCUCCCACCCGACGGCCACCUGCUGUGCCCAGGAGUGCAGGUGUGGGUCGGCUGGCCCCUCCUCCAGCUCCUCCGGCACGUUCUCCCAGCACCGAGCUGUCCAGCCGCAUUCCUCCCCCUCCACCACCACCUCCCCUGCCUCCAUCAAGUCUCAGAAAUGGACACCUGCACAGCCUCGAUGAUUUUGAAUCCAAGUUCCAGUUCCACCCUGUUGAAGACUUACCCCCUCCCGAUGAAUUCAAGCCUUUUCCUCGGAUCUACCCCAGCAAAGAAAACAGAGUGAACCCCAAAACACCUGGGUUAAGGACACACCUCAGAUGAGUCAAGGCUUCACCAUGUCCUUUACCCUUUCCCACACACACACAUACACAUAUCAGGAAGUUGCACACAAUCCUCCUUUUUUUUCUCAUGACAGCUCAUGACAAUAACACAACUGCCAUGGACUUAUUUGGAUGCAGGCUCUGUGUGUGUGUGUUUGUGUUUGUGUUUGUGUUUGUGUUUAGUGUAUUUGUGUGUAUGUGUGUGUGUUUGUAUGAGUGGCAAACAGGGUCCCGCCUUAUACUGACUAUGUGACCUCUGACCCUUUUCAGUGUGGAAUGUUUUGAAUGUGUGUGAGGAGGAGGGCUCUCCCUACUCAUGCUCGUACACACAUACCCUCCAUGGACAGCGUCUUCCAGUAGCUAUAUUUAACAUGAAUCAUAUCACAGUCUGUAAGCAUUUCAGUAUCUACAUACAAAAUAGUAUUUUGGUUUCAUCUCUGAGAAUUUUGUCACAAUCUGUCCCUUUAUGCAGUAGCACUUUUAGUGUCAAGUCUACAGUUAACCCAGACACAGGUCAGCAAAGCUUUGUUAAAGACAGACAUAUGCACACUGUGGUCCAGCAAUAACUACAUCUUGAGCACAUGCUCCAACAAUGUUCUCCCUAAACACCUACAAAAAUGUUAUAGCAAGACAAUCCUCUCAAGAUGUCAUGUUUUUUCCUUUUUUUUGGGAAUUCAAUGACCCACAGUAUAUUGCCUCUGUUAGCAGGAGACUAUGUUGUUUGGCUAAGGAAACCUCAUCUUAAACUCAAUGUGAAAAAAAACUACCACUGCAGGAUAUGCUAAGCUUGGGGGUUCACAAAUCCUUGUACAUAUCGUCGUGCUCUUGUGUUUUUUAGUAAUUGUUUUUAUAAGUAACAAAUCUAUAAACAUGUAGAAGAACCAUUUUUACCGAUAUAGGAGUGCAUCUGUUUUAAGUUACACUGUUACUGUCUGUUAAUAAUAAUGAAUGAGGAAUACUGUUUACUUUCUCCCACUGUAUUAACUGACACUAACACCUGUGAAGACAGUGCCACCUGCUGGUUCAAUGUGUAAAGUAUCACAAGGUGUGACCACCAAAUAAACCACAGUAUUUUGUUUAAAAAGUUGACAGUCACUUUAUUGAUCACAUUAAGACUAAUAUUAAAACCGGCUUCUCAACAGAACACAGAAAUCAUUUGGUAAUUGAGUGUAGUCUUGAUGUGUUUGCUUAAAAGAAGAAUAUCAAAGCUACAGAAACAGGAGAGUCUAGAUUUAAGACUUAUGUGUGCGCAAUAUCUUAAAACAGCCUCCAGCACAUAUAACAGGUAAAUUUCCCCUUUUUUUCUAUGUAUGGUAUAUCUUGCAGAACAAGUUUGUCAUUAUUAUACAAAUGUGAAUAUCUAAAAUGAAAGAA